AGGGGAGACCGGGGAGAAAAGGGGGAGACUGGGUCUCCAGGCACAGCAGCCAGAGCGAGAGUGAAGCAGUGUGUCUGGAACAACCUGAAUAACGGGGCGGACUCUGGGAGGAUUGUGGACUGCCAGUUCAACAAGGUGUCCUCAACAACCGCUCUGCGCCUGACGUGGAACGGUGAUCUGAGGUACACAGGAUCUGCCGCCGGCUGCAUGCGCUGGUUCUUCACCGUUAACGGCGAGGAGUGCAACAAUCCGGCCCCGAUAGACGGCGUAGUGUACACUACCGGGGUAAACGUCCACCGUGUGUCAACAAUUGACGGCCUUUGUUACAACCUGCCAACCGGCCCUCUGACGGUGACUUUGAACGUCGGCACAUGCGCAGAUGGGCAUGCUGGCGGAGACGCCUACACUGGAUGGAACUCUUACUCUAGAGUGAUCCUGGAGGAACUGGACAUGGCUGACUAGCGCGUCU